AUGAAAUCUGAUGUACUGAACGCGACCGCGGAAUUUGAGGUUGAGCAGACAGUAAAAAAAUCACGUAGAUCAGUAGCUAGAAUACUUGAAGAAGAUCUUUGGCAUCAAGGUAUCGUGCCCUAUGAAAUUGAAGGCAUAUUUAACGGAUCAGAAUGCAAAAUGAUAAAACAAGCUAUGCGCGAGUGGGAGAAAUCUACAUGCCUUAAAUUUGUUCCGAAAAUUGAAAACCAGCAUAAAAAAUAUUUAGUGUUCACAAAAUCUGAUGUCGGGUGUUAUACAAGUUUUGGAAAUGAACACCGAAAAAGCAGCAUCGGAAUGAACUGUAAGUGUAUGAAAUUUGGAACUAUUUUACAUGAAUUGGGUCAUGCAAUUGGUCUUUAUCACGAGCAUGUGCGCCCAGAUCGUGAUCAUUAUAUUGAAAUUCAUUAUCAUCGUGUUUUAACGAGUCGUAGACAUAAUUUUUAUGAAAUACCGCGGGACGAGGUCAAGAUUUUUGGAGAGUAUGAUUUUGAUUCUAUAAUGCACUAUCCUGAAAACGCUUUUUCAAUACAAAAUAAUGAAACAGUUAUUGAACCUAAAGUUAAAAUUAAUGGAAAAACGCCGAUUAUCGGACAGAGAUCCUAUUUGAGUAAAAAUGAUAUUGCAGGAAUAAAUUAUUUGUACAAAUGUCCUCGGUGUGGAGGUACAUUAUCAGAAGCUCAGGGCAUUUUCAGUCCACCAUCAAAACUAAAUGGUUCGGAGGUAGGUUUCGAAUAUUGUCAGUGGAUAAUCAGGGCUGCUCAAGGCGAAAGAAUUAAACUUGUCAUCGCACUAUUAGACAUUCGCAAGACUUCUAAUUGUUCAACUGAUUACUUGGAAAUUCGGAAUGGCUACCAGACUAACAGUACUGUCUUAGGUCACUACUGUGGAGAUGUUGAAUCGGCCACUAUAAUUACGAAUAAUUUUGUAACCGUAAAAUUCGCGAGAUCUCAAUUUGAAAACCAUCGUCCAGGUUUUAUAUUGGAAUACAAGGCUGUUUGCGGCGGUGAUAUUUAUUUAGAAAGUGAUGAUACUUAUUAUUUAGAAUCACCAAAUUAUCCAGAGUCAUACGAACCGAAUAAACUGUGCCAUUGGAACAUCAGAGCUCCUUACAAGCAUUAUAUAGUAAUUGAAUUUAGUUACUUCGAACUUGAAGAAAGUACUGGUUGUAAAAAUGAUUUUUUGGAAGUACGAGAGGCUGGAAGUGAAGGUGCGCCAAUUAUUGGAAGUUACUGCGGUAAAAAAGACCGUUUAGACAUAGCUGCUAUAAUGGAUAGAAUUGUUCUGACGUUUGUUACCAAUGAAAUGAAAGAAGCGGGAGGUUUUUCUGCCGCCAUUUCUGCAAUAUCUCAAUAUCAAUAUCAAUAA